CCCAUUUAUACGUAAUCGGGCCCAUUAUUGUAUUCAGGGUUUAGCGAGAGUCCUCCGUUUCAAGUUUCAAGUUUCAAGUUUCAAGUCGGAAGCUUAAUCGGAUAAUCAAAGCAGCUUCUGGAUCCCAAUCUCUCCUGCUCAUGCUUUGCUGAAAAUGGGUUUCGGCGCGAUUAGAUCGAUUUUCCGACCACUGUCGAGAACCCUAGCUUCUCGUGUCGCCGCUAGCUGCUCGCCUCCGCCGUUUCCUGCUGCGAAACCCGAGUUAUGCUCAUUCUUCGGUGGAUCGAGGCUACCAUGGAUUCCAAUGGCUAACCAUUUCCACAGCUUGAGCUUAACUGAUACUCGGCUCCCGAAGAGACGACCCACGACUCAUCCCAAGAAGAAAAGAUUCAAACUUAAACCUCCAGGGCCUUAUGCAUAUGUUCAGUAUACUCCUGGCGAGCCAAUUGCUUCCAACAACCCCAACAAGGGUAGUGUUAAAAGAAGGAAUGCCAAGAAGCGCAUCGGCCAGCGCCGCGCCUUCAUACUGUCUGAGAAAAAGAAAAGGCAAGCGCUGGUGCAAGAGGCCAAGAGGAAGAAGAGAAUCAAAGAAGUGGAACGUAAGAUGGCCAAAGUCGCAAGGGAGAGAGCUUGGGAAGAAAGGCUGGCUGAGCUUCAGCGACUCGAGGAAGAGAAGAACAAAUCAAUGUCUUCUUGAAUUGCUGCCUUCACUCAACCAAAAAACAGAGAAUAAAUCUUUCUUUGUUGUUUUCGAGAGAUUUACUGUUUCUUGUUUCAUGAGAUUGCUGUGUAUUGAGGAUGGUCAUCAUUUUAUUCAGCAAGAGAAGUCUAAACAAGUCUCGGAGGAGAUGCUCUCCUUCUUCAAUAAGUUACGCACAAGAGAGUAAUCUAUGACGCUAGUAUCAGUUAAACCAGUAAUGUGAGUGUGUGUUUUUUCGCAAAAUAAAGACAAAACAGAUCUAAUAGUCUUUUAUAUCAUCCAUUGUGUUUCUUGUUCCAUAAGUUUCUGCACAUUCUCUUUUGUCUACGGUAGAAAUGUCUCUUCUGGAUCAUGACGAUGACAAGCCAGCCGCCACAUAUAACCUAUAUAGAAAAGUCUUUGAUCUCUAUGUAUCAACUCUGUAGUAAGAAAAGUCUUUGCUUCGUUGCUGCGUGCUGGUUUACUCAAUCUCUCUCUCUCUCUCUCUCUUUCAUCUAUCCAGGAAUCAUGGCGAGAGAAGUGAGAGAGCAGAGGAUAAAGACCAACGGGAUUUGGUUAAACGUGGUCGAGAAAGGAGACAACGGAGGUCCUUUGGUUCUGCUGCUCCAUGGCUUCCCUGAGACAUGGUUCUCGUGGCGUCACCAGAUUGACUUCUUGUCGAGCCAUGGCUACCACGUAGUUGCUCCAGAUCUCAGAGGCUACGCUGACUCUGAUUCACCUCCGAGCCACGAGUCUUACACGGUGAGCCACCUUGUUGCUGACGUCAUCGGUUUGCUCGACCACUACGGCACUGCUCAGAGAUCAUCGAUGAUCUUGAGAUGCCAUCGACUAUUCCAGAUUGGAUAACCGAUGAUGAGCUUCAGGUUUAUGCAUACAAAUUUCAAAGAUCUGGAUUCACAGGCCCUUUAAACUACUACCGAGCCAUGGAUCUGAACUGAGAGAUAAUGGCACCGUGGCAAGACUCCAAAAUAGUUGUUCCGACAAUGUUUAUUUUCGGAGACAAAGAUAAUGGAGAUGAAGGAGAAUAUGGAAAGAUGCAGUAUGUAAAAGGAGAGAUGUUCAAGAGUCUUGUACCUAAUCUUGAGAUUACUGUUAUUGAAGAUGGUCAUCAUUUUAUCCAACAGGAAAAGUCUAAACAAGUCUCGGAGGAGAUGCUUUCUUUCUUUAACAAGUUAGGGAACGCAACAGAGUAAAGUCAUGCUGUUUAUGGUAUCAUAGUGUUUUAAGCAAAAGUACUAAUGUGUAUCAGAGAAUAAAACCCUAGUGUGAUCCUAAUAACAAUUAAUGAUUUUGUAUUUAUUUUUGUUCAGAAAUAAAAGAAAUUAGAAGCCA